AGGCUGCCAUAUUGCCGUGAUACAGCGAGUUUACCGGACUGAGUCUUGAACAGCUUUGGUUUCUUGAAAUAUAAAAAUGCUCUCCUCUCAAACGUUUGGAGACAAUGGGAAGAUGAAAGAUUAUCAUUACACAGGUCCAGUAGAGCACCGCUUCUCACCGUACGCUUUCAACGGAGGGACCGUACUAGCUGUUGCUGGGGAGGAUUUUGCCAUUGUAGCCUCAGACACCAGGUUGAGUGAAGGCUACUCCAUCCACAGCCGAGACUCGCCGAAAUGCUACAAGCUGACAGACACAACUGUCAUUGGCUGCAGCGGUUUCCAUGGGGACUGCCUGACUCUGACUAAAAUCAUUGAUGCCAGACUAAAGAUGUACAAACAUUCAAACAAUAAGACAAUGACCAGCGGGGCCAUCGCAGCUAUGUUGUCCACCAUCCUGUACGGCAGGAGGUUUUUCCCCUACUACGUCUACAACAUUAUCGGAGGACUGGAUGAAGAAGGCAAAGGAGCAGUGUACAGUUUUGACCCAGUGGGCUCCUACCAGAGAGACACCUACAAGGCUGGAGGAUCGGCAAGUGCCAUGCUUCAGCCGCUGCUGGACAACCAGAUUGGUUUCAAGAACAUGGAGGGUGUUCAGCAUGUUCCUCUGACUCAGGACAAGGCAGUUCAGCUGGUCAAAGAUGUCUUCAUCUCAGCUGCAGAGAGAGAUGUGUACACCGGAGAUGCCCUCCGGAUCUGUGUCGUCACUAAGGAGGGCAUCAAUGAGCAAACUGUACCACUGAGGAAGGACUGAGAAGGGAUAGGUUUCCUGUUCUCUGCUUUUCACUUUGGUCGGUUGUUUCCCCAUUCACCUGUUGAUUUUGGCCCCUUUGUAACAAAUUCUUAAAAUAGGAGUGCUGGUCCUGAAUCUGUGUCUAGUGAAGCAAAUGUUCCUUUUUUUUUUUUUUACUCCAUUCAUAACUUGCAUCAUUUGAAAUUGGCAUCUUUCAGUCAUACACUUUUAAAUCCCUCCCUUCUGUUUCUGAUAUUACUACAUCCUCAUUUGUGGUCUAGCAACUUGAUUCUUGAUCUGUACUCCUGUUGCUGAGAAGCAAAUAACUCUUCACUCAAUCUGCCGAGACUCUUGUUCUGUUUGGAUUUUUCAUUAUGUUUUGAAAGGAUACAUUCUCUGCGGUUCUUUUUACAUUCUUAAUAAAUGUAAAGAAACAAA